AAGGAGGAAGAAGAAGUGGAGAGAGAUCGCUGCGUCCAAACAGGGCUCCGUAUUCCCGCCCACUCAGCAAGCCGGGGUGAGGCUUCCCAAAGCCGAUGUGCCGGCAUUCGGGUGCGUGCCUCGGCUGGCGUUAGCACAGGGGCUGAUGGAGUUCCUGCUUGCCGGAGUAGCUGCCUGCGGAGCGUGCCUCUUCACCAACCCUCUGGAGGUGGUUAAGACUCGGAUGCAGCUCCAAGGCGAGUUGCAGCACCGGGGCUCCUACCAGCUGCACUACCGCAACGUCUUCCACGCCACCUACACCAUCUGGAAGGUGGACGGACUGCCGGCGCUGCAGAAAGGACUCCUGCCCGCGCUCCUCUACCAGUUCUGCAUGAAUGGUGUCCGCCUGGGCACCUACUCCAUCAUUGAGGACUCAGGCUACACUUCCAGCAGGGAUGGCAGGAUUAGCGGGCUCAGGAGUACCGUGUCAGGGGCACUGGCAGGGGUCACAGGGGCAAUCUUGUCCAGUCCCAUCUACCUGGUGAAGACACAUCUUCAGGCACAAUCUACCUCUACUAUAGCUGUUGGUCACCAAUAUAAACAUGAGGGGAUGCUCCAUGCACUGAAGACCAUUUACCGCCAUCACGGUGUCGCUGGACUGUGGCGUGGGUCAAGUUCAGCAGUGCCCAGGGUUAUUGUUGGCUCUUCCUCUCAGCUCUCCACAUUCUCUGCAAUGAAACAGUUUACCAAUGACCUACAGGUCUUUCAGCCGGGCAGCUGGCUGGUGUCGCUGACAGCAGGGAUGGUCAGCAGCAUCUUUGUUGUCCUUGCCAUGACACCCUUCGAUGUAAUCAGUACCAGACUCUACAACCAACCCGUGGACCACAAAGGAAAGGGCAUGAUCUACGGAGGGUACCUGGAUUGCUUUGCAAGAACCAUAAAGAAAGAGGGUCUGAAUGGCCUGUACAAAGGCACCGGGGCUUCCUACUUUCGAUUAGGCCCCCACACCAUCCUCAGCCUCUUCUUCUGGGAUGAAAUUCGCAAGUAUUACUGGAAGGAGAAGCAUGCUGGACAAAGGCACUCGUCUGAACAGCUGUAGCUAGAGGGCGCAGUGUCUCCGUACUCAGAGCUCCACUCAAUCUCCCUCUGUCUCUUUCUCCUGACCAUUGUUCAGUCCCCCAAGGCCUACUCACUCAGUGAACAUGGCCAGGAGGUGUGGAAUGGAGGGAAAAGUGAGUGAUGCUGACUCUGAAUGUCUCACACUCUGAUAGAUUACCGAAUGGAAACCUGUAAAUGAACCCAGUGGAUGCUCCUCGGAAUGAAAUAAGAAUGGAUCCUUUAAAAGUAUGAGAUAUCUUUGGCACAUGGCAGGAGUGAACAGCGGCAGGGGUGAAGGGGCAGGGUUGGAUGGGUCAGGAAUGGGAGCCAGUACUGCUGUUUGUUUUUUUUCCUGCACUUUUAAACCAAUCUCAUGCCUAAGUUUUCAACACUAUGCUCCACACAAACCAUUCCUCAAACCAAAUUGGGUCUUUAAUAGGACUGUGCUGCAGGGGAGG